UCCAUCAUGCUUCGUCUGAGAGCUGCUUAUGAAUUCUUCUGGAGAGUCUUUCAACGUGGACCUAAAGCCAGUGAUUCUUUACUUAGCCAAAUAAGUAAAUGCGUGAAUGAAGAACAGGUUUUUGAUAUAGUUGGAAACAAUAAAGCCAAGUUUUCUGAAAAACAUGUGGGAUAUGCAUAUAAAACACUUUGGCAAUUUCAAAAGGAAAAGUUUGAUUUGAUGAGAAGUGUUCCUUUUGUCAGAGACCAUCCUCAGUUUCAUACUCUUCGUAUUUUAGCUAAGGAUAAAAUUGAAUUAAUGGAUGAUGACACCCUGGUGAAUGUAUUGUAUAUUAUGUUAAGGUUUGCUGUUGAGGCCCAUGAUUCUCUGGUGGAACAUCUGGUUGUGGAAGCAUGGAGGAGGGUAGAAAGAUUUGACCUUAAAAUACUCUCAGAUUUCUCCACCUGCCUAGUGGAUCAACAGAUGCAUUUCAGUCCUUUAAUGGGAAAAAUAGCUGACAUUUUAAACAGGAACUUGGAUUCAAUUCAGAACUUAAGGAUAUUGUCAGUCUUGAUGGUGAAUGUAUCCUCUGUUAUCUCACAAAAUUUUGGUAAACGACUUGUGAACAAAACAGAACUUCUCUUAGAUACAAUGGACCCUUCUGACUUUAAUACAUCAAUAAGAAUAGUGCAAUUUCUCCGAAAUAUUCGAUAUAAUUAUCAUCCAUUAUUAGAAAGGUGCAAUCGUAUGUUCAUCAGCAAUAUUGCUCAUCUGAAUUUGGAUACCCUCAGUCUUAUCCUUGCGCUGUAUCAGUCUCUGCAAUUUACUAAUUUUUCAUUUCAAGCAUUAGCCAGAGAGAAGCUUUCUGAAAUGAUUCCUCUUUACUGUGAUCCUGUUUCCUUCGUAAAAUUAUUUGUUGCCUUGGGACCUUUGGCCGGGCCAACGGAAGAGAAACAACUUAAGUUAGUUGUACAAAUGAUGGUGGAGGAACUAACCAGUCAACAAGCAUUAGCCAUAUUGGUCACAAUGGAAGAAAUGAAUACAAAAGAUUCACAUCUGAUUGCAGAAAUUGUUUCUGUCUUAUAUAAAUACUUACAUGUCUAUACACCAAUGGAAUUGGCAAAGAUAACCAAAGCCGUGAUUCAUUUGCAUGUCCAUAAUUUAAAACUUCUUAGGAUUCUCAGAGAACUACUACUUAGCUAUUUGAGAAAAAAUGUCAUACCUCGUGAAAUUUCUAGGCUGGUCCAGGUCAUUGCCAUGCUUCCUUCUCCUCACUUGGAUGAAUCAGGGAUUUCCCGAGUAGAAUCCAUUUUACCUCAAUGCAGUUUAAGUGACCUAAACAUUUUUGCAUCAUCUCUUUCAAUAUGGAUUAAACAUGACCAUUCACAUCUGAACAAUGUUUCUCAGAAAAAUAUCCAAUUACUUCCAAAAUUAAAUACGUAUGGUUAUCAGAGAUUACAAAAAGCCAAUAAUUUGAACAUAUUGUGGGAAGAACUUAAAUAUGUUCAUGGAGAAUGGUUUGAGGAAGAACUUCUUAAAGAAACAAUCGUCACCUUGCAACGCUUAGGUGACCAAGUCACACAUGCAAACAUUACAAACCUGUCAAGUUUUAUUGUCAGGGCUAACUACCUUAGUACUCCAGUACUUGACAAGAUAGCUUCUGUGACAAUCCAGCAGAUCAAUAAGAUCCAUCCUUUGGCAAUCCAUCCUAUCUUACUUCCUUUCAGCGUCCUUAAUUAUGAUCCACCUCAAAAGGAUGAAUUCUUUGGAGCUUGUAUCCAGCACCUUACGUCUCAUUUAAGUGUCUUUGAACCUCAUAUCUUAGUGUUUCUUGGUUUUACAUUGGCCCUUGCUGAGUAUUUUCCAGAAGAUCUUAUAAGGGCAGUAUUUAAUGUUGAAUUCCUAGCCAAAUUGGAUUCACAGCUUCAAUACUUGCCUCCUUUCUUAAAGCUGAGAACCUACAACCGUCUCAUGGAAUUUAAUAGAGCAGUCUGUUUGGAAUGCCCUGAAUUUGAAAUUCCCUGGUUUCAUGACUCUUUUUGUCAGCAGCAGGAAAAUAAAGUUAAAAACAACAUCAAUGCAAUACCACACCAGGUUUACAAAAUGUUGGGAGAAAUCUUAGGAGGAGCCAAUUAUGCAAAACCGUCAGCUCUCACUCCUUAUGGAUAUGUAGUGGAUUUUGAAUGUAUCCUGGAUAAAAAGAAAAAGCCUCUUCCUUAUAGAAGUCAGGAUGUGGCUUUGAAUGAGCUGCCAAGUGUACACUGGGGGCCAGAUACCCACUAUAGUAGGCCAGAACUGCCACCAGGAGCACAAAGGAUUGCUUUGGAAUUCUUGGAUUCACGAGCAUUUUGUAAAAAUAUUCCCCAUUUAAAAGGAAGAUCUGCAAUGAAAAUAAGACACCUAGAAAUUUUGGGUUAUCACGUGAUUCAGAUUCCUCAUUUGGUAUGGAAUUCUAUGGAAUUUUCAACAAAGGAUGCCUGGAUGGAAUACUUGAAAGAGCAUAUAUUCCAGGAGUCAAAUCAUGAUUAUAAUUUUUAUUUAUGAUAUGUCACAUUUUAGAUGUAAAUUAUAAUAGAAAAAUAUGAAUUUGAUUAAAAAUUGAAUUGUGAAAUAUUUAAGACUAAUUAAAAAAGGUGAGAUUGUUUCUGUGUAACAAACCUGUAGUUCUUCAAAUGGAGAUUUAAAAAUUUUGCAUACUUUUUUCAUUGUUAUUUCUUUUGAUA